GCAAUCUGCAAAUCUGCCAACCGAUGGUGCUUUCGUGGACGAGGAGCCUUCCACUCGCAUCCGCUGCAGCAGACGAAGGCCAAGCAGUAGUUCUUCCCAAUAUCCACCGCUCGCGACCUCCGCAAUUCCACCGUAUUCUCGGGGGAAGCUAACCGCGAUGGCCUCUGCUCUCGCCGUUGCUCGGCCUGCGGCUCUCGUUCCGCGCGGCGGCAGCGAGAGCAUCACCGGGAAUCUCCCCAUGCUGCCUGCAGUGCCAAGCACCAGAUUUGUUUCAGGGAGGAUGAGGAGUCGCAAUGUCGUCGCUGCAAAGGCUGCGCAGGACAGUUCAGAACCGUCAUCCGGGAGCGUUGUGAAGUAUGUCCAGAGUUCGUUCAGCAGUCCUGAAGACCUCUUUGCUCUAGCUGGUAUAGGAUUUGCAGGGAUUGCCGCAUUAUGGGCUUCUAUAAAUCUUGUAGAGGUCAUCGACAAGCUUCCUGUUCUCCCUCUACUCUUUGAAUUAAUUGGCAUAUUGGUUGCAUGGUUGUUCAUAUAUCAAAACCUACUAUUCAAGCCAGACAGGGAAAAGUUUCUGAACAACAUCAAGAGUUCCGUAUCUCGCGUCUUGGGGCAGUAAUUUGAGGCGAAAAUGGAGCACAAGCAGCCUUAACUCUUGCCGUCGUGAUUCGCUUUCUUCAGGCCUGGAGAAACCAAUGAAUAUUUAACUGUAUGUGCAAAAUGUGAGAAGCUUGUUUUCGCCAUUGUCCACUCAAGAAGCAAUGUCCAUUUCAUGUACAGGAUAGAGUGAUAUCAAGUGUUCUAUUAAUAGAAAAAAAAAGUCUUUCUUGAUCCCU